AUGUCACCCUUGGCGGAGGACGCUAUCUUUGGACCUAUCCAGGAUGAACCACGCGCUCGGGCCGCCCUCAUUCAUACAGCAGGUUCUGAUUGGCCCCUGGGAUCUGGUCUCCGCCUCCAGACUCUGAUUGGCUGGAAGAGGCACGCCGUGGGCGAGGAACGACGCUCCUCUCCAAGCCUGUGGCGGUUCUCCUGCGCCCCUCAUCCGCCCCCUCCUUCGUUUCUGCCGUAUCCUCGACCGUGGCUCCCCAAAAAUAGCGUUGGGAAAGGGGUGUGCGAGAAAAAUAGAGGAUGUGUCCUUCCCCUGGGCAGCGCUAACACCUGGGUCGGAUCACGAAUACGUGGGAGUCCUAUCUGGCCUGGCAGGAGGCCGCCUCAAUUAUUUAAAACUGAAGUUCGUCUGUGGGUGGAGGAAGGAACCUUGGCGCCAUCGCCUUGGAAACUGUUUCGCUCGGUACUGGGUGGAGGAACUAGCGGAUCACGUUGGGACUCCAGUGUGGGCAACCAUCUCCUGCCGCGGGUUACUGAGACCCUGCUUAUCCUCCAAAGGCUGGGACCUCGGAAAAUGCGGACCCUGAUACUUCGACCUCCUCUCAGCCUUUUAGCACUACGGACGCCUGAAGCCAGCUGCUUAAUGCAAGUCCUGGAAGUUCCUGCCUCAGAUUUCCCGCCUUUGAGCCUCUGCACCAGACCCGGGAAUGCUCAGGAAAAUCCAGGCGAGGAGGGACAAGAGAGGUGGAAGAGAAAAAGACAACCAACCAAUCCUGACUUGUUUUGUGUUUUCCCAUUUACAAACCAUUAUAUUAAAAAUUUUUAUCUGUGACACGUAUGAGCAGAAAAGGUGAUUCUGUCCAAGAUAUCCAGAGCCAGGGAAGGACAGUCCGAAUACUAUACUUAGGUGAUAACCUCAAAAAGCUAAAAGACCUAGAGCUUGCCCCGAGCGCAAUAGGUGCUGCAUUUGUGAGAAGACUGAAACAAGAAUCAUCCCAAAUGUGUAAUCUGCACCAAAGAGAGGCAUUGUACAGAAUGCAGACACAUUAUUUUCCUUUUUUGUCAU